AUGUCCUCUCUCACCGCUUCCACCCAGCCUCAACCUCAGUCCCAAUCCCAACUAACCGUCGAAGACAAUGAACCCGACAUCAGUCCAGACCAACAUCGGUAUAUCCGUUCCCUCAACGAAUCCCCAACAUGCUACUCCCGCUUCUUCAGCGCACUGCUCAUCAAGAAAUCUAUGCACCACCAAUUUUUCCGAGACCUGAAAACAUUCCGCGAGCAGCCCAUCAUCAUCGCCCUCCUGGAGCCCGGAACCAAAGAAGCGUACCGAGAAUGUACGCGUGCCUUUGUUGGUUCUCGGUUCGCACACCCUUGGUGCCGGACCGAGAGUGAUUUCAAGUCCGGCUGGACGCGGGCAAGUUGGGUCGGUGGCACGAGGAAAGUGAGCAAGGAGGACAAGAAGGAAGAGGAGCGCUUGCAUCGGCUUCUUGUGCCGAUUUGGAUUGCAUUUCAGAGGAGGAUGUUUCCGGGGAUCGAGGUGGUGCAGGAUUGGGUUGAGAAGGAAAGAAGAGAGUAUGAAAAGGAAAAGCUGAAGCUUGCCGAACCCGAGGCCGAGAAGACGGCCAAGUCGACCCAGUCGCCGUCAUCUGGCGUUUCCAAAGCUACAACUACAAAUGCCGCUUCGACGACGACUUACCCUGAACUGGGCUUCAAAACGAAAUCUUCAAAACCAGCACCGGCAACAUCUUCUUCCAAAACAGUGUCCAAACCCUCGGAUUCCAGUGCUGCUGUAGCAUCACAAAUGUUCAUGGGCGUCGCAGUCACAGGGUUCAUCAUGAGUGACAAGCGCGUCAGGAAAUAUAUGAAGAAGAAAUUGAAGAAGUGA